AAGUAUUUGUGUCUAAGUAUAAACUAAGUGACUGCAUACACUGAUCACGUUCAAACCGCUUAUCAAAAAGACUAAGAGUAACAUAAUUGGUAUAUAUGGACACGAACACUGGUGACUUUAGCACAAUCUGUUGGGACUGAAAGAGAAACCAUGUCGUUGACGGGCCUAAUUACACUCGGUGUGCUUCUUGCAAAUGUUUUCGGAAAUAAACCAUCUGAUAAUAUCGAUGAUCGAGUGGAAAAGCUUGAGAUGCUGCUUCAAACUAUGAACGAACAAAUGAAUAAUGCUAGAAUUGAAAUGGAAGCACAAUUAAAUAAUGAACACCGUGCUCGAAUUGAAUUGGAAAACAAACUUGCCACCGCAGAAAGACGGAUCAGCUCUCGGCAACUGGUUCAGGACCCAGAAAUUGCGUUCUUUGCCUACCUUUCAACAACAGUACACUUAUCAAUGGGUCAGACAAUCGUGUUCGACAAAGUUGUUACAAACAUCGAUUCUACGCAUUCCCUUGGUGGUUAUAGCCCUGUCACCGGAGUGUUCACGGCACCAGUCGAUGGUAUUUACGUGUUUUCUGCAACACUGGUGGAACACGAAGGCUCUGUUUCCUCCUACGUAAUAUUUCAUGAAAAUAGGCGGAUAGUAAAGCUAUCUUUGAAUUCCGUAUCACAUUGGUGGUAUUCUGCUUCCGUUCAGGCUGUGCUUUCCUUAUUGAAGGGAGAAACAGUGACCGUUCGAGAUGAUAUGAACGGCGACCACUACCUGGAAGGUGCUAAUUAUCCGAUGGGACAGACCAUGUUCUCUGGAUUUCUUUUAAAACAGAAUCAUGCUGUUGCCCCAAUUAUUGGGUAAACAUAUUGUUGAUUUAUUUGUAAACAACAUACAAUUAAUAAAACAAAUCAAUUCAGUGUUAAA